CACCAACAUCAUGGCCGGGAGACAGCUGUUGUCGACGGAAGAAAUAGAGAGGGCAACGGUGGCGGCACUAAAAAUAGACCCAAGGCUGUGGGCGGCUUACAAAAGGGGAAAGGAGGACAAGGCAGAGGAAAUUCGACGGCUCCUAUCACCAACACCGGUGAAUCCUCGCCCUCGGGCGCAACCGUAGCCGAUCCCAGCCUCACAACCGCGAUCAACUCCAGUCCCGCAACCGCGGUCGACCCCAGCCCCGCAGCCCCGGACAGUACCCUCCACGGUAGUCCGAACCACGGACACAGCAAUCCGGUGGGUGAGACCGGCCCCGGGGUUGCCACUACAUCCAUGCCGGCCGGCGGCGGACCCACACCCACCAACAACGGAGUGGACAGGCAUGCCGUCGAGGGUGGCAUACCAGGACCGGCUACCGUCGCCACCACCCGCGCCACCAAAAACAAAACCGGGGCCCCUGGAGCCCUGGCCAGCACCGCCACCGACGCCGAAGGAGUCAUCAGCCCCUGCACAGUCCAACAAGGUCAUCCGGAAGCGCAAGAGGGACGCGGAACGCAGGGCGGAAUACAGACGCCGCAAACUAGCGGAGGCACGGAAGAGGUCCCAAUCCGAGCGAGCCGGCCCCAGCCAGCAGUACCGACUACAAAAGCCGGCACGCGGCUCGGAUCGCCAGUGCAACUCGGAGGGGCCCCUCGUCGGCGAGAGGACGGAGCCAGCAACAGCCGGGUCGGAAACACCCGCGAGGGCAGACCAACCGGAGGUUACGAGCAACUCGGCCGGCGCUCAGGAGUCGAUGGAAGUCGACGAUCGUGUGCUGGAAGACCCCGAGCCGUCUCUUCCGAUCGAGGAGGACUUCCCGUCCUUCUACACGUGCUCACCCCCCACCUCACCAAGGGAGGACUAGACAGCACCGCUGGGUCACGACCGACCCCCAGGGGUUCGGAAAAGCGACCACGGUCACGGUCAACCUCCUAA